UUCUCAUUUCUUUUUCCGAAGCGCAUGACUGCAUCAAGGCUCACCGAUGAUAGACUUUGUUUCACAGUUUUGGAAUCUCUGUGUGUGUCUUGUUAUUGUGUUGAGACGGAGUUUGAAAAUACCGCUAUAGUUGCGGUGAGACCACGGAUAGCUAUUCUCGAAGCCUUGUCGAGAUACGUCAAAGGCCAAAGGUAAAGAGAUCUGCAUCAUGACAAGUGGGUAUCUUACGCCAAGGAGGUCUUUCCUAGACAAUGAGGGAUCAACAUCAAGAGAUGCGAUUGGGGACGGUUUAUCGAUUAACGUUCUUACAUCUCCUGCACAAGCAUUCAAAUACGAAAACUCACGGAGAUAUCAUUCAUACAGAGAAGGAUCAUACUGGGGUCCUAAUGACGAACAAGAUGGAUUACACCAGACAAUAACGCAUAGGCUGUUCUGCCUCCUUCUACAAGACAAGCUUUAUCUCGCACCUCUGUCAAAUCCUCAACAUAUCCUCGACAUUGGAACUGGCAUCGGACUAUGGGCAACAAACAUGGCAGACGCUCUCCCCAACUCCCAAAUCCUCGGCAUCGACCUUUCCCCCACCUGGCACGACGCCGUCCGUCCCAACCUACAGCUCGAAGUAGACGACUGUUGCUCAAACUGGACAUAUGCGGACGAAGGGCGAGACCCAUUUGACUUUAUUCACAUUCGUUGUUUGUAUGGGAGUAUUCAUGACUGGCACAGCUUAUACAGGCAAGCGUUCGACCAUCUAAAUCCUGGAGGAUAUAUUGAGCAAGCCGAGCUGUCACUAAUACCGCAUUUCCGCGCUCCGGGAACCCAUUCUGAUUCGGUGUUUGAGCGUUGGUAUGAGUUUUGGAAAGAGUGUAGUGAGAAGACCGGGAAGUCGUGGUUGGUUGCGGAUAGAAUGGGCCAGGAGAUUUAUGACGUUGGAUUCGAGGAUGUUUGUGAGGCGCGGUAUAUGUUGCCGCUUUUUAACCAUGAUGAUGUUAGCAUGGGUCUUUGUUCAUGUCAAGAACCUGAGAUGGAUGGGGACCGUAUAUCAGGGUUAGUUUCUCGGUUGCGAGAAAUAAGAAAAUGGUUCCAGCAAUUCUGGCAAGCAGGUAUGGAAGGAUGGAUUCUAGCUAUAAGCACGAGAUAUAUGGGGUGGACAGCAGAUCAAGCAAGGGAGUUUGUCAGAAUGACAAAUGAAGCGAUCGAAAAUGGAGAAUGUGACGUUUAUUACGAAAUGUGAGUUGACCUUUCGAUUGUGGU